GUCGCGCGGGUGCCCUCACCGCUAGCCGCCCAAUCGCCGUGGGCCCGCGGAGCCCCGGGGGGCUGGGGCAGCGGGCGGAACGAGCCGCGGCUGCGCCGACGCGCGAGCGCGGGGCCGGGCCGGGCGGGUGCGCUCAGUCUGGCGGCGGCGGUGCGCGGACAGACAGACGUGUCGGGAGCGCAGCACCGCCCGCAGCCCAGCAAUCCGGGCCGCGCCCGCCAGCCAGCCCGCCCGCCAUGGUGUCGUGGAUCAUCUCCAGGCUGGUGGUGCAGGGACCCACACUGUAGGCCUGGGUAGCCUGGAACUCACAGCAGACCAGUCUCAACUCAUGGUUCUCUUGCCUCAUCCUUCCAAGUACAAAGAAUAUAGAUACGGGUCACCAUAUAGGCUCAUAUUUGGCACCCUUUAUCCUGCAUAUUAUUCAUACAAGGCUGUGAAGUCUAAGGACAUUAAAGAAUAUGUCAAAUGGAUGAUGUACUGGAUCAUAUUUGCCCUCUUCACCACAGCAGAGACGUUCACAGACAUCUUCCUUUGCUGGUUUCCAUUCUAUUAUGAACUAAAAAUAGCAUUUGUAGCCUGGCUGCUGUCUCCCUAUACAAAAGGAUCCAGCCUCCUGUACAGGAAGUUUGUUCAUCCCACACUGUCCUCAAAAGAAAAGGAAAUCGAUGACUGCCUGGUCCAAGCAAAAGAUCGAAGUUAUGAUGCCCUCGUGCACUUUGGGAAGCGAGGCUUGAAUGUGGCGGCCACCGCAGCUGUGAUGGCUGCCUCCAAGGUGGCUCGAAUCUUUCAUUUUGUCUCCUCCUUGGAUCUCAGAGAAGGGCAGGGACAGGGUGCCUUGUCAGAAAGACUACGGAGCUUCAGCAUGCAGGACCUCACCACCAUCAGGGGCGAUGGUGCUCCUGCUCCCUCAGGCCCCCCUCCACCAGGGUCUGGGAGGUCCAGCGGCAAACACGGCCAGCCCAAGAUGUCCAGGAGUGCUUCUGAGAGUGCCGGCAGCUCAGUGUGUACCUGCUGCUCCACCUGCAGGACCCGGAAAGUGGUGGAGGGAGAUGUGAGUGAGGGUGGUGUGAAGUCUUGGGAGCCCCACCAGGUCCAAAACCCACUGGCGUUUUCUGACGAGGAGGAGGAGGACCUGUUGGAGUUCAUAUACAAAUAUAAGGCACCGAGGAGGACCGAGUUUCCCCUGGAGGCACCGCCUAGAACCCUUCGGUCCCGCUUCAGGAAGAAAAGUACCUCAUCCUCGGCCACUGAAACCACGUGAGAUGAGCCAACAGCACCGGAUCCACAGAUGUCUCUCCUCUGCCUUAAAGAGCUAGUCACUAGUAACUCGGAAGUCCGCAGGCUGGGUGUGCUUUGAGUGUGCAGCCCCACAGACACGGCCUUUACUUGCUCCCCCCCCCUUCUGCCUUUAAGAAUUUCUGUUCUCUUUCCUUUUUGUUCCUGCUGGGGAGAGGCUAAAGGGAAAGGUGGUGGAGGAGGGUGAACUUUAUGUCUUCUGGGGUUAGUGAUUUUCCACAGUUGGAUUGUCUUGUGGCCACAGUGUUUUUAGAUAUAUAAGCACUCUUUCCAUGAUGCUGCUGAGAUGUACAUUUGUAAGUUAUUUGUUGCAUAGUUUCUAGUCCUGUAAAUGCAAACGAAGUGAUCUUUUUUAAAACUCCUUUGGUUGUUCUUGGUACUAAUACAUUGGACUAUGGUGUACAUAUUUGCUGCUUUUGGCUUAAUGUUAUGAACUCGCAAGGGCUGCCAGAAGUUCUGGUAAGUGAGAGAGCUGCAAAAACAAAAAUGUAGACUAAUCUUUCGAUUCUAGGCAACGUCUCCAACCUGCUUACAAAGCCAGUGCCAGUAGGGCAUCACUUCUGCAGGAAGGUGGCCAUGUGCUUCCUUCCCAUGGCUGUGUGGUUGGUAGGGCAGAGCUGAGGCAGGAGUGCAGUGUUUCAGCAACAGGGAAGGUUGGUGGGCAUCAGGGAGAGGAAGGAACAGAACGGCUUCUUCAGAUCUGGAGGUCUGGGUGUCCUAACAGGUUUGUUGUGCUGUGUACCUAAUGGCACCCUUCCUGCCUUUUGGCUUCUGAGCCCUUCCAGGAGUACUGCUUCAGGCAGGCAGGCAGGCAGGCUCGCCCUUACUUAGCAUGGAUGUUUGCAGGAUGGAGUCUCAGCUGCUGGCAGAAUUGCAAGUAUCUCAGAAGCACUUGGCAAGAGUGUUUCUCCUUCAGGGACCAGUGCUGUGGCUGAUUUCUCCAGAACGAGCCUGUAUCUGAGCACCUUGUUUUAGAGUACACUAAGCAAGAGAAAAGCCUAGAACUAGGUUUUUGUUACAGAUGUGUACAGAUGUGCUCAAAAAACAUGAGACCCUCAAAUCUCAAAUGACCACCAAAAGGCAGGGUCUAGGGGGAACUGAGGCUAAGCCACAGGCAGCUGUGGCUCUUGCUCCCUGCUGGCUUGUGUGGAAGAUGAACGGGAUGGACGGACACUCAUGUCACUCCAUGUCUUCAUGGAUUUUAUACAAGCCAGGACUACACUGAGAAUUUUGACAAGUCUCUGACUUAGAUAACAUUGUGUUCUGAGGGAGCUGCCCUCUUCUCUGAUAGCUGAGCCAAACUGUAGGGCUAAUCUAUGUGCGUAGAGUUGGUGUUUCCUUUCUGUGUAAUGCAUGCAGAGGUCACAACCUCUUUGGAUUAUGUUUGUUCACCGCUAUGCCCUGAAGGCUAGAGAAAUCGCGUUGUGUACCACAUAGAACUGUCAACUGAUUGCAAACAGGCUCAAUGACAAACCGCUCUGGUACUGAGCUAUGCAAACAUGCAUUGAGAGACUGCUACAUUAGCUGGGGCUUGGCCAUUUCACAAAGCGUUUCAGUUGGAGUUCAUUGCUACCAGAUACACCUAGUGGAUUUUCCAAAGAUGAUUUUGUAUUUUAGAACCCACCCUCGGGAACUAACCCAAGAGCUGAUGACUGAGGACAAAUAGUCUGCCUGUGCCCCAUACCCAUCUGAACCCAUUAGGAAAAGCAUCUGCCCUCUUCAAGCUCACCCAACAGCUCCUCACAAGAGAAAUGAUACCCUCUAAAAUGUACAACCAUGUCAGUUAGGUGUAUCCAGGAUGAAUCCAGAGACACAGGUGCAGAAAAGACUGAGAGAAGAAGCUUUGAACCUCCCCCCCCCGCCCCCCAGAAUACUAACUGGCUCUAGGGCCAGAGUUUAAGUCCUAGUACAUUUUCACCGUUUUACAACAGGAAGUCAUAACCAUCUAGGCUCCAAGGUUGUACUCAGCCAUGCCAAAACCCAGUCGGAAGCACUCCUCUCAGAUAUGCUGUAUUACUUCUUGCUCAAGAUUUAAAAUAUAAAGGUAUCUAAAUUGUCGUCUCAUUGUAAGUGUAACUAUUUUUCCUUCAAGUGGUGACUAAGAAGUUGACUAAGUUUCUUCUCUUAAUGACACUCACUGUACAGCCAAACACAGCUGUCUUAUUUCUUAAGAACUGUGUUUAUUUUUCCAACAAGCUGUGUGUUUGUAUGUAGACUGACAUGAUGUGAAUGCCCCUGUACAUGUAGAGGUGUGGUGCUCUGUCUACACAAGAUAAAUGAAUGUUUCUAGUUUGCUGACUUAAGACACGGGCUGUUGACAAAUUGCUAGCUUGAAGGUCUACUUGUCUCGGCUUUGAGUUACAGUCCAUGGAGCACAUGCCCCAUUUCUGAAGAGGUGCGGUUUCACGCUCAUCAACUGGAGAUUUAGUCAGAAUGCCUCCUGGCUUUGUGUGAAUAGCUUGCUCACUUUGCUGGCCUUUGAUAUAUGUAUUCUCUGUGGUAAACUGUCCGUGUGUUUGUAUUAAGAGUGCUUGUCAAUCACAACCAUCACAUAGCCAUCCCGGUUCUUCAUCUUGCACAGUAUUUGAAGUAUUACAAGUGGUGGAAGAUGUGCUUCAUCCUCCGACAGUGCACGCUGGGAGAGCUGAUGUUGCGGAUCGUGACUGCGCAUUUCCUCCAGCUUAUUUCUGAGGUCUCUCUAGGAUGGAAAUAAUUAAUAGUACACUGGACUGCGUGUCUAAGGGAUGUAAAGUGCAGUGUUCCGGAGGCUGAAGCUCUGCUGUUUUGUUAUAAUGCCUGAUAAACAUCUUGAAUAAAGUCUUAACAUUUUUCUUUUAAAAAAAAA